ACAUAUAUCUUAUAGCAAAUAUCUUGGUCGCUUGGUUGCCAUCGCCCUUCAUACCAGGAUGAUCUUUUCCUUUUCCAUUGAAAGUAAUCAAUAGGAUUUAUUAUUAUGGCAAGCUAAAUAGCAUUUUUGUUAAUCCUAUGGUAAGACCAUUCGUCAUCGUUACAUCUAGAUAUGGAAUGAUUGCAAUUAUUAGAUGUCUAUGGUUAAUGGUUAGAGAUGAUUAUUCCAUCAUUUUCAGUCUUGAUUUUCAUCUGUGCGUUUCUCUUCAUCAAAAUUUUUUACUUUUUUUAAAUUUAUCAUAUUUACACACAUACACACAAGAAUUUCAUCUUAAUAGCAUCGAAAACAAAAUAUUCAGGCAUGAAGUGGCCAAAUUCAUUCAUGCCACAUUGGACAAUUGUUCUUUUGUGGUCUAUUAUUGUUUACGAAUCUUGGGCUAUCGAUGAUCAUUAUAAUGAUAUCGAUUUGAUACAUUCCAUUCCAGAAGAACCUAUUGAUGUUGAAUCGAGCAAACUUGCAUCAACGGUGAUUGCUGAUCCAAAAGACUGGAUCAUCAUUGAUAAAAGUUUUCCAACGGUUGAAGAACAACCACGGCUAAUUGAUACCAAUGAACUACAGCAGGAUAGCAGACGAUUUUUUUAUUCAUUAGGCCUGUAUGAAGUUGGUGCACAUAGAAUGACUAACGAAACAAUUACCAAUUUGCUCAAAGAUUAUGAUCAAAGUCCAUUCGAACGACUAAUAUUUCAUUUCAAGAUUUGGUAUAACCAGGAUGGCAAUACGGAUGUUAAAUGUACACGUAGCUAUUACGUUUAUGGUGAUAAAAAUGAACUUCCAUUAGUAAAUCCUGAACAAUGGGUGAACAUCAGUCGGACAUUUAUGAUCGAUGAUCGUCAAUCGUUGGUCGAAUUGACCGAAAAAUCAUUAUUGACCAUGAAUAAUCUGGCUGGUUGUGAGAAUUCGAUAUUGGCUUUGAAAGAAGUUCGGUUAUCUUAUGAUCACAGCAGUUUAAGUGAUCAAAACGAUACCAUGAUAAUAAACGAAUUGCAACAACAAAACGAAUCAAUGUUUAGCAUCAACAAAGACACGAUGGUUGGCUUAUUAAAUCUGUAUGAAUGCUCAACAAAAAAUUGCGCUUUCAGAUAUGACAAAUUUGAUCAACAAAAACAUCAGAAGAUGUUCAAUUAUUUUGUUAUUAUUAUCCUUUGGAAGUCAACUUUAUUUUUGAAUCAGAAAAAGAAAUCUUAAAUAAGACAGAUUGGACAUCCAAAUCAGACAACAAUUGGCAUACAGUUUUUCUGACGACAGAAGGCUUGAAAAAAAUAAACAAAACCUCAUUGACAAUAAAGAUCCAGCCAAAGAAUAAUGAAAUCAUUGCUUUUAAUUUCGAAAAUUCAGCAGCCAUUCCAGAUAAUACUGAUGGUAAUCAAUUUAUGCUGAAUGAAAGUCCCGAGUCAAAAUUGGUUAACAAUUUCAUUGAAAAAUAUAAGAAUAAAAAUGUUCCUAUAUAUUUUUGGCACAAAACUGAAACUAAUAAUGCUAUCGAAUCGGCGACCAUCAUUCAUAAGCAAGUAGAUCUUAAUAUUAACAACAACAAUCCUUGUUUGGAAAUCGCCUACAUAGUGGAUCGACCAAUACAAAUGAAAAUCUGGUUGCAAAUUAAUCAUCAUACAAAUCCUAACAAAUCGCAACUAUACAAUUUACAUGAAUAUCAACAAUCCAAUCAUAAUGAGAUAAUUCGAUUCUGUCCAACUGAUUUCUACGAAUAGAUCAUUUAACUAAACCUAAAGGACAGCUUUACAUUCAAUUGCAUGACAAUGUCAAGUCGGAAAACUUAGUGUUCAUAGCUGUGACGAAUGAACAGGAAUCGAACGAAAGAAAAACAAGUGA